CUUAACAUCCCCAACAACAACAACAAGAUAGUUUUGAGCAAACUAUUGUUCCAAUCAUCUUGAAAAGGAGGAGAUAUUUUAUAUCUGUGUUCUUCAUCGAAAUCCGUCAUUAGGAAGAGAGAAGAAUGACGAAAACAUUACAAGUGUUCAAGAGUCGAGGACUGUACAAGAACCUGAUAUGUAAUGGUCGGAGUCAUCACUUCAGGGUGUCUGAGCUCUUUCAACCUCUCAGUGUUAUACCACGAAACGCCAAACUGAAGAACUUAGAAGAUACAUCCCUUUCCCAGAAAUUGUUGGUGAAUUGUGGAAUAAUAAACUCAAGGAGCAAUGGCAUGUUUGCACUGUUGCCACUUGGCCAACGGGUAAUCGACAAAUUAACAGCUAUAAUUGAUGAAGAGAUGAGACACAUUGGUGCACAGAAGCUGCUGUUGCCUCUCCUUACCAGUGGUCAUCUGUGGAAAAAAACAGGUCGCUGGGAAUCAACUGGUGAAGAGUUAAUGACAACAUCAGACCGCCACAAAAACGAACAUGUGCUUAGUCCAACCCAUGAAGAAGCAAUAACAUCACUGAUGUCAGAUAUCUAUCCGCUUUCAUAUAGACAACUACCUCUUCACCUCUACCAGAUCACAAGCAAGUUUCGAGAUGAAUCAAGGCCACGGUUUGGUCUCUUAAGAUGUAAAGAAUUCCUAAUGAAAGAUCUCUACACAUUUGACUGCUCAGAAGCAGCAGCUUCUGUCACUUAUAACAAGAUCGGUAGUGCCUAUGAUAGAAUUUUUCAAAGAAUUGGCAUACCAUACUUAAAAGUUGCUGGUGAUUCAGGUAACAUUGGUGGUAGUCUUUCCCAUGAAUACCAUUACCAAGCAGCCAUAGGAGAAGAUACUCUGCUGCUUUGUAAUGGUUGUGAUUUUUCGACUAAUGCUACGCUGGUUUCCAGCUCUGAUGAUGCCUUUUGCACCAGAUGUGGUGGUCAGCUGAACAAAACACUUGCAAUAGAGGUUGGACACACCUUUCUCCUAGGAACGAAGUAUUCUGCACCACUUAAAGCAUGUUAUCAGAAUGACAAAGGCAAACCAGAGUUACUUCAAAUGGGUUGUUAUGGUCUGGGAGUUUCCCGUAUUAUGGCAGCUGCAGUGGAAGUAUUGUCCCAGGGUAAAUGCAUUAGAUGGCCAUGGAUUCUUGCUCCAUUCAAAAUCUGCAUAAUUACUCCUAAAAAAGGCAGCAAGGAAGCAGGUGCAUUGUCUUGGGUGGAUCAUCUGGCACAUGUCGUUAACUCCAUACCUGGCUUUCAAAAUGAUGUUAUAAUAGAUGACCGAGACAGUUUCACUAUUGGACAGCGUGUAAUGGAAGCUAAGAAGACAGGAUACCCUCUAGUCAUAGUUGUAGGCAAGGGGGCUUGUGCCAGCAUACCUUUGUUCGAACUUAUUGAUACUGAAAAUGGGGAUUCACAGAUGCUCUCACAAACAUUAUUAGUUAACUUUCUGAAGCAAAAAUUGCUGGAAUUCAAAUUUAAUGUUUAAGUGUCAUGGUGUUAAAUUAAUUAAACUCAUAGUUAAACAAAA